AUGAGCCCCGCUAUAAGACCUUGGCGCUCACAAUAUCAAAAUUGGAAAGUAUCCAGACGAGUGGGGAGGGCAAAAAUUAAUGAGAUGAGGGAAUCAAUAUCAGUGGAUCUUACAGUACCAAAGCUGAAGAAUGUUUCUCGUUCCAUUUUGCAUUUCCUACCCAACAAAGAAAGAUCGCCUCCUGAACUUGAACUUUGUUGCGUUGCAGCAGUACCAUCAGAGAGACGACUGCUAUGA